AUGGGAUGCAAGAUGAGUUCUCAAGCUGCGAGAAAGUCUGCUGCUGCUAGACAGCCUGCUGGUGGUCAAGAAGAUAACAGCCAGGAGGCAAUCAGUAGUGUUGAAGAAGAGGAUACAGAGGAUACUGAGGAUUAUGUAAAUUUUAAAAACUUUGUUACCGUACUCAGAGUUAUGCUUUGAUAUUAAAAUGAAUUUACAGUAAAGUAGGGCUGUAGGGUAGGGUGGGAUAAAGUAAAGUUGGGUAGGGUAGUGUAACACUAUGCCUAUGAACAGGACCGGGCGGGGACUUUUGGUCUGGGGGCAGGGGUACAAAAAAUCGGCACAGAUACUUCUUACAAAAAUUUUUUUUCUGGGGGGGGGGUACCUCCCUCCCCCCUCGCGCCCGGCCCUGCCUAUGAAUAAAAUUAAAAUUUAAAACAUUUUUCAGCUUGAUGACAUUGAAAUCUCAAGCGUCUUUAAAAUAGACAUAUGUCUUUACGGAAACUCAACUGAACUAAUGCUUAGAGGUUGUGGAAGAGGUAUUGAUGCUAUCGUAUUUGAAUUUCACAAUGAAUACGACGUUAUUAUGGAAAAAUUGAUGCUCUGCCUCAAGAGGAAACGUGUCUUUAUUCUUCAAAUUUGUUUGUUCGAUGAGUGUGUAUGGUCUCCAUCUUUACUCAACGUAAUGGCCGACUACUUUUUGAGUAAGUUAUCAACUUUUAGAUCUUAUAUUACUUUAAGUAAGGGACUAAAGUACAUUAGGGUCUAGAGUACGGUAGAGGCUAGAGUACGGUAGGGCUUAGGGUACGACAUGAGCUUAGGGUACGACAGGGCCGGCGGUAUGGUAUGGACUAGGUACUGAAGGCUUGGGGUUCGGUAAGUCCUAAGGUAAAAUAGGUGUUAAUGUACAGCAGGAAGUAGAUACGACCUAACUUACAGUGCAGUAGAUCUGCGAAACACAUAAUUAUAAGAUAUUUUGAUGUUUUUAGGCACACUGCCAAUAAUAAAUAAUUUAAAAGUUGUUGGAGAUCCACGAAACCUUAACGUUCCAUUCAUCGACUUUUACAGAAAACUCCAUCCUAUUGUUGAGCAUUUAAUUAUCGUCAACCCGACAAUUUUGAGAUUUCUGAUUGAUAAGCAACUCAACUCGUUGGUACUGGAAUUGCCUUUGGAUUUUAGUAAGUGUUUAUUAGUGCUUCAAUCCUUUGGCUUAUCUUAACAUACCUAGUUUUACUCUAUCUUAUUCAAGCUUCUUUUAUCUUGCCUUAUCUACUUCACGUUGCUUUAGCUCACCUUUAGUCUAACUUAUCUUACCCUACCUCACCCUACUAAUCAAUGACACUUUUCAGGUUGGUUUCCAUUGAAAUACACUCAAGUGGGUCAUGUUAAAUUCUUUGCUUUUUCAAUGUUGGAAGUACUUUGUCAACAAGAUAUUGUAAUGCCGCAGGUCCAUUCCGUUUCAUUUUUUAACUAUCCACAUGAAGGUACCGAUUCGAAGUUGAUUUUGGGAAAAGUUUGUAGCCGGUUUCCUUCAAUAAAACGGCUUGAAAUUUUAUUGAUGGUACAUGUACAGGAGAAGAAUCAACCAGGUAAGUUUAUGAUGAAGCUAGACUUAGUUUAAUGAUGUUACAAUAGACUAGAAUGUGUGAGAAAGGAAGAGAGAAAGAAAGAGAGAGAGAAAAAAAGAGAGAGAGAUAGAGAGAGGAUGAGUUUUUACAUGAACGGUACUUUUGAUGUCAAGACUAAUCCUUAUACAAGUUACAUUAACUAAGAUACUAAGUCAUUAAUGCUACAAAAGCCAACUUUUGAACAAGGCAUCGCCUGUUGAGUUAUUACAAUAGAGAUUUACCUCUGCCAGAGCCGUAGCUACAGAACAUUUUCCCUUUACUCGUAUGUUUUGUAAACUUGUCUGUUUCAGUUAGGAAUCACGACCUGUUCACCCACACUCGCGCCGUGUUCGACAUGUUUGAGAGCAUUUUGGACUGGAACCGGGAAAAACUCAAUGUAACCAUCUACUUUACCAUCUACUACAACGGCCCGAUUAACAAUAGGUUGGCGAGAAAAAUGACAGGAUAUAUUGGAUACGAAUGUUGCUGCAAAAAUGACAAAGUUCGUGUAGAAGUAUCAAUGUCUAAGGUAGAUUUGAGAAUGUUUGUAACAACACAAUAA